CUGGAGGGUCCGAGCCCGUGUCUGUGCGUGCGUCCAGGGUCACUAUGCGCACCAGAGCACUAUCCGACCUCACCUAUGCUUCUUUUAGGGUUUGCCUUCCCCGUCUUGCUCUUUGUAGUUUGUUUCCUUAGAACGUGGCGUGGAGCGUAGGGUUUUUGAUAGCAAGGGGGUUCGCGGACGGGCGGGCGGACGGACGGACGGGCUGGGGCUGCACCAGCUUGGACUAGUGUGGUUCGUUUUAUCUGGAGGUGCGCCGGAGGCGCGUGUGGUGAGAACAACUAGCCAAUAUGAGGAUUAUGAUUAAGGGUGGUGUUUGGAAAAACACCGAAGAUGAGAUUCUGAAGGCGGCGGUCAUGAAAUAUGGCAAGAAUCAGUGGGCGCGUAUCUCGUCGCUCUUGGUUAGGAAGUCGGCCAAACAGUGCAAGGCGCGGUGGUACGAAUGGUUGGAUCCGUCCAUUAAGAAGACGGAAUGGACUAGAGAAGAGGACGAGAAACUCCUUCAUCUUGCAAAACUUAUGCCCACUCAGUGGCGAACUAUUUCUCCCAUAGUUGGUCGUACUCCAGCUCAAUGUUUAGAACGUUAUGAAAAGCUUUUGGAUGCUGCAUGUGCAAGAGAUGAGAGCUACGAACCUGCAGAUGAUCCCCGGAAGCUACGCCCUGGAGAAAUUGAUCCGAAUCCUGAGUCGAAGCCUGCAAGGCCUGACCCGGUGGAUAUGGAUGAAGAUGAAAAGGAAAUGUUGUCAGAGGCAAGGGCUCGUCUGGCUAAUACUCGAGGAAAGAAGGCUAAGCGGAAAGCAAGGGAGAAGCAGUUAGAGGAGGCCCGGAGACUUGCAUCGUUGCAGAAACGUCGCGAGCUUAAGGCUGCAGGCAUUGAUGGGCGGCAGCGGCGUAGAAAGCAGAAGGGAAUUGACUACAAUGCUGAGAUCCCGUUUGAGAAGAAGCCACCGUCUGGAUUUUUCGAAGUUGGACAAGAAGAAAGGCCAGUUGAGCAACUACAAUUUCCGACAACCAUUGAAGAAUUAGAAGGAAAGCGGCGUGCAGAUAUUGAAGCACAGCUACGGAAGCAAGAUAUAGCCGCGAACAAAAUAGCACAACGUAAAAACGCUCCUGCAGCUGUUAUGCAGGUUAACAAAUUAAAUGAUCCUGAAGCUGUACGGAAGCGGUCAAAGCUUAUGCUUCCCGCUCCUCAGAUUUCAGAUGCUGAGCUGGAAGAGAUCGCUAAGAUGGGCUAUGCUAAGGAUUUCAUCGAAGCUGGAUCAGAGGAAGGCAGUGGGGUUACUCGUGCGCUGCUUUCCAACUAUUCUCGAACUCCAAUGGGCAUGACACCUCUUCAAACCUCUCAACGAACUCCUGGUGGAAAAGGGGACGCAAUAAUGAUGGAGGCCGAGAAUCUUGCUCGGAUGCGGGCAACUCAGACUCCACUAUUUGGAGGGGAGAAUCCAGAGUUGCAUCCGAGUGAUUUCUCUGGAGUUACUCCUAAGAAAAAAGAUAUUCAAACACCCAACCCAAUUGCCACACCUCUGCGCACACCCUCUGGUGCAGCCACUCCUCUUCGAACACCUAAUUCCGUGUAUUCAAUGUUUCCUAAAGGAACUCCAAUUCGUGAUGAUCUUCACAUCAACGAGGGCUCAGAAAUGUUGGGUUCUGAGAGUGCGAAGGCUGAGAAAUUGAGACAGGAGGAAUUGAGGAGAAAUCUUCGUGCAGCACUGGGACACCUUCCAGCACCAACAAAUGAGUACGAGAUUCUAGUUCCACAACUUCCUAUUGAAGAAAAGGAUGACAAUGACGACAUUGAGAUGGACAUGGCAGAUGCGAUAGCUCUACAACAAAAAGAGAAAGAGGCAGCUGAACUGGCUCUAUGGAAGAAACAGACUAAGGUUGUGCAAAGAGGGUUGCCUAGACCACCUCUACCCGCAAUACAAGCUCUUAAAACCACGCUGACGUUAGAAGAAGACGGGAAGAAUCUUUAUGUCUCUUUAAUAGAACAUGCUGAUCUUUCUAUCAGACAGGAGAUGGUUGCUUUAUUGGAAAAUGAUGCAGCGAAGUAUCCUCCGACAGAGGAGGAGACAGUAAAAGACAAAAAGAAGGGAGCUUCCAGAACUGUUGUCGCUGGGAGGCCACCAAUGGAUGCACCACCCUUGGAUGAUUUUGAGGAGGAAGAUAUAAAUGAAGCUUCCCGUUUGAUUGAGGACGAGGUCGAUUACCUCAAGGGUGCAAUGGGUCACGAAGACGCUACUCUAGAAGAUUAUGCAGAGGCUCGGGAUGGAUGUGUUGAUGAUUUAGUAUACUUUCCUACACGGGAGAACUUUGGCUUGAUAAGUGUGGCAAGCACGAAUGAUCGGCUUAGUGCGCUACAGUAUGAGUUUGAAAAUGUCAAGAAGCACAUGGAAGCUGAAACAAGAAAAGCUGUUCGAUUAGAGCACAAGCUUAAAGUUUUGACUCAUGGUUAUCAGGUUCGGGCAGAGACAUUGUGGAGACAAAUCGAGGCGCUACAUAAGGAGACUGUCACACUUGGGACUGAGUAUGAAUGUUUCCGGGCUUUACAUUCUCAAGAGCAAUUAGCAGCACCCCGCCGCAUUGAGAACCUUCAAGAUGCUCUCAAAGAGCAGAAUGAUAAAGAGCGUACGCUUCAACUGCGUUAUGAGAAUUUACUUGUAGAGCAGGAGAACAUCAAAGGAUUCAUGCGCAGCCAUGAUGAGCGCGCGUCCUAGAGACGCAUACACACCGCGGAUCCAGCAAGACGGAGGCGAUGACUGGAUGCGGGUGAAAGCUAGGAAUUUGUACGUUUGGUUUUUCGGUCUUCUUUCAGCUCAUUAGAGUCCGAGUGGUGGGGUCGCUUGGAAUAAUCAUCGGCCCCCUUGUGAGUGGCAUUGAGCUGGCACUGGGGCGUUUGGUAUAUGAUGCUAGAGUGCGGUUUUUCUAAACCACCUCUGAGUUGUGACAUUAUGUGUGAAGUCCGACAUGGAGGGGAAAUCGAUGCGUUUGAGGGUUUUUGUGGAGUAGGCGUCUGAGGCUUGCUCGGGGAAGUUUACGAUGACUACGAAGGGUGGCAUUACUUGAUUUUAUCUUGUUUUGCACUCGCCAGGGCGUGCUGCGGAGGUGCUGUCUUUGUAAUGCUCGAAUUACUCCGGCAGUGGCAUGGAAAGCAGCAUCUUGAGCUAAGGAGGCGUUGGAUUGCUGCUCUACUAAUUUGUCCUCUUCUGAGCAGUCUUCGACGCAUAUACACUUCAAACAAGAUGUGAAGACAACCUGAACAUGAAUGAAGUAACGCCAUAGCCCAUGACUCGAGACAUUAGGGUCUGCAUCUUUCUCUGGCAAUUUUCCGAGAACCAGUAAUGUGGAGGUAGGCAUCAAUGCCAGAGGUUCUUUGUGACCUUUUUCUUGUAACUAGUAGCCACGCCACUAAUUAUCUGUCCGACGAAAUGUCGUCUGUUGGUCUGUAUGGAAGGCAUCGGCUUUCUCUUGAUGAGACCUACCAACCCAACGACAGAUAUUGUUAAAUCAAAAUUUUAUUCAGGAGUAAAAGCACAAUUUUAACACA